AUGCUUUUUGAACUGGAAUCUUUACCACACAGCCAAGCAACACCAACAAUAGCUAAAAGAAAGCCACAAAUUUUAAUUGAAAAAUUAUCUUUAAAAAAAAAUAUUGGGUUAAUUUCUAAAAACACUAAUUGUAAAAUAACAAAUGACCCAAAUGAACAGGACAUAAAUGGAUUAGUUUUAUCUAAUUUAGAUAAUGGCAAUGGAAUCCAAGAUAAUAAACGUGGUGAUCCUCAGGAAGGUGAAAUAAAAUUAAAUAACUAUUCUAAAGACAUUUCUCAAACAUCAAAACAAGAUGCAGACAGCAGUUCUACCAACAAACGACCUCUUGGUACAAUAUGUAUAAAUCGUACCAAUAUGCCAGGCAAUUCAUCUUCAAAUAUUUCUAAUUCUUGUGGAACGGUAUUGCAAAAAAAUCCUAAUGGGUUAGAAAGGUUAUUUGUUAAUAAAUCAUUAGUUCCGUAUGAAACUGAAGAUACAAGUUGUUCAGAUGAUUCCAGUCAGUCAAUUCAGGACGCCAAAGGUCCUGUUUGUGUAUCUACUAAUUCAACAGUAGGGGAUUGGCAUGUAACGUCUUCAACAGAUGUCGCUCCAGAACUGACUUCUGAUGAAAAAAAUUGGGAAAAGAAAAAUGUAUCUUUACAAAUUGUAAAUGAUCUUUUUAAAAUGUCUCAUAAAGGCUAUUCAGGUCCUGUAUCAUCUUGGAAUGGUACCAGAUCAAUUUUAGAUAAAGAAAUUAAUAAUGAAAGAAGGGAAGAACGAAAAAGAACAAUAUCAGACUCUUCAGAUCAGGGACGAUCAAAAAAUCUUAAAAUUGCUUCCAGUUUUAAAUCCAACCCAGGCUAUAAUCCAAUUCAAGAAUUUCACAAUACAAAGAAUUGGAGUCAAAUUAAUGGAGUAAAUAACUACCAGUCGUUUAAUAAAGGAGGUGGUAGAUACCGUACCUUUCCUUACAAAAAAAACCACAAAAAUUUUAGGUUCCGACAAUGA